AUGUCUUUAGAAGAGAACGAAACCUUUUCUUUUAUUGAAGAACAAAUAGAACUUACUCCAAAAAAUUUUUCGAAAAAGAGGAGUAGAAUUUCAUUUAUUGCAUGUGAUAAAUGCAGGAGCAUGAAAAAAAAGUGUGAUGGAGAUUAUUUGAAUCAAAAACCCUGUUCAUAUUGUGCUAGCCGUAAAGAGGAAUGCAGAUAUUCGGAUAAUCAUAAAAAAAAAGCUGUAGAAGCUAAUGAUGUUCAACAGUUUAUUAAUAGAUUAGAGGUUAUUG